GGAGUGAGAGGUUUGGGUCACCUUCAGAAUGCAGAGUAGAGAUUUAGAGUUAAUAUUUACACAAGGCAAUCCAGGAAGAAGUAGUGACAACUGUGGCUUUUCUGGUGGUUUGAUGAAGGAUAGAUAUUGAAGGCAGCUUAUGGGAAGACUAUCAACAGAAUUCAACUUCAGUGGUGAGAUCUGCAUUAGGUGCUUAAAUACAACUUGAAUUAACCACUGGAUUUUUUAAAGAAUGCUUUAGGCACACAGAGACUGUACAGAGCAAAAUGAGUUGUUUUGCUUUAGAUAGUGGAAUAGGUAGACUGAAGAGCAGGUAGCUAGGCAUAACCAAGCACAGUCUGUCAGUGCUCUCUCCACCCAUCUCUGCUUGAAGAAGCAUCACAUGCAGACAGCCAUGAAAUUCAACCAGUGUGUGCAACCGCAAGCUCCGGAGAACAGCGACAACAAAGUGUGGAAAUGGCACAUUCAGGACCCAGCCAGUCAGAAGCUGACGUGGAACAAGCCUCCCAAAAGUGUCCUUGUCAUCAAGAAGAUCCAGGAUGCCAGUCUACUGCAGCCUUUCAAAGAGCUCUGUGUGUUUCUCACAGAGAAAAACAUGAUUGUUUACGUGGAGAGGAAGGUUCUGGCUGACCCAGUCAUCCAGGCCGAUGAGAGCUUUGCGGCCGUCAUCCAGAAGUUCUGCACCUUCAGAGACGAUCUCGAUGACAUUUCCAAUCAAGUGGACUUCAUCAUCUGUCUUGGUGGAGAUGGGACCUUACUUUACGCAUCAUCACUCUUCCAGAAGAGUGUUCCACCUGUUAUGUCCUUCCACCUGGGUUCUCUGGGCUUCCUCACGCCUUUCAACUUUGACAUGUACCAGUCUCAGGUCACCCAAAUCAUUGAGGGUAACGCCGCCAUCAUCCUGCGCAGUCGCCUGCGAGUGGUGAAGGAGAGCCGAGAGAAGAACGCCCGGGUGGACAAGAAGGGCAUCAUCAUGACCAACGGAGACAGCGAGGGCAGCCGCAAAGCCAUGCAGUACCAGGUGCUGAAUGAGGUGGUGGUGGACAGAGGCCCGUUCUCCUACCAUUCCAACGUGGACCUCUUCUUAGACGGACACCUCAUCACCACGGUACAGGGAGACGGUGUGAUCGUGUCGACUCCCACGGGCAGCACUGCGUACGCGGUAGCAGCCGGAGCCUCCAUGAUUCACCCCAACGUGCCGGCCAUCAUGAUCACCCCCAUCUGCCCCCACUCACUGUCCUUCAGACCCAUAGUGGUGCCUGCUGGGGUGGAACUCAAGAUCAUGCUGUCACGUGACUCCAGGAAUACAGCCUGGGUGUCAUUCGAUGGGAGGAAGAGACAAGAGAUCUGCCAUGGAGACAAGUGCGUGACCUUUUGGCCCCUCAGUCAUCGCAACCUCCCCCCUAGUAAAAAUACCACGAAACAAAAGCUGAUAAACAUGGAAGAUAGCCUGAUGAACUCAACCCAAAGCUCAUCUAACUCCCGCAAGCAUUACCAUCACUACUUCCUGCUUCCCCGUUCCCUCCAUCUGUUUCCAGGAUCCCGUGAACGACUGGUUCAAGAGCCUGGCACAAUGUUUACACUGGAAUGUGAGAAAGAAGCAGAACUACCUUAGCUCCAAGGAGGACGUGUUCUGACGCCAACAACCUCGCCUUCCCGUGACACCAUUCUCAUAGUACACCAUUUUGGGUGUAUUCCAGAUGUACAGAUUCUGCUCAGUUCUUCAAAAAUCAAAUUCGAUCUUUACAAUACCUGGACAAGUGUUUAACGUACCACGGCAAAAUGAUAUAGCGAUCCUAUAUCUGGAACGCACCCUUUGACUUCAGUUGGAUUCCAUCAGGUCAAUUUGCAAUCAACAUCCUCUGGAGAUUAAUUUGUUUUGGUUCUAGAUCAUCCCUUACUGUUAAGAAUUUCACACCCUUUUAAAAAGAUUGUUGAAAUUGUAUUUUUAUGCAAACAACCAGAUUGUCUCAUGUCUGACUGAAAACAAUCCAGGUUAAAGUUAACCUGUUAGACAAAGUAAUACUGAGCUACGGAUCAACCCCAAGCUUCUCAACAUAUAACACAGAUAUAAUGACUGUUGUCAGUGGGGACUUUUAUCAAGAACCAAUGUUCUUGGGGAUAUGGAGUUGAAAAUGUAUUUUAUAGUAAUGAUUGACGUUUUGAUACAAUCCCUAAAAUAAAAUGUAUUAUUACUACUUCAGGAACAGCAGAAUUGCUUCUACUCUGCAAUAAUGAAAUAAAUGUAUAGAUUGUGCCUUAAACUGGUAAAUUAUAUUAUCAUAACCAAUGAAGGUUUACAUAACUUUAAUUUUCUUAAAUCGGAUUUACAUCUUAGUGCAGGUGUAACAUAACCAUAUCUUCAGUAUUCCUCAUAUUCAAGCUUCUCAAAUGGCUUGUACAAAUGUUAAUCUUACAUUAAUGUUGCGUAUUUUAACUACUCUGUCUACAACAACAACGCUGUGGUGUCUGACCGUGUGUAAUGUCAAGAGUAUGGCACGAACAUUAAGAACUGAAGUCCAUUCCAGGUGAGAUGAGACCACAACUCGAUGUCUUCAUAGCCUUUCACUAUAAAGCCAUAGCUCUACUAUGUUAUUCGUUUCAUAGUCAAGUGGGAUGCAUAAGGUGAUUCCAUUGUAAUUCUAUUGUUUACAAUCAAAGUGAUUGUGAGUACAGGGUUUUUACCACCCCAGGUUUUUGAGUUUUGUUUUUGCUUUAGACAUGGGAGGCCAGGUAGGUGGACUUUAGCCCAUUAAUGAUAUUGAGUUGGUGAGGUGAUGAGUAGAUUCUGGUGUAGUGUCUGGAUGGACCUAAACCCUGCUGUGCCUCUCCAGGACCAGGGUUGUCAACCCCUGACCUAUGGUGUCUGACUGUUAUUGCAGUAUGCUGAGACAUUGAAGGCAUUCAGAUUCUACAAGGUAGUGGCCUGCCUUACCAAAUGAGACUGCAACACUCACCCCACUUAUUGACAAGCUCUGAAAUACCGACUUGAUAAAAUGUUAUGGUGUGAGGGUUUUUCUUCUAUCUUACAGACAAAUUAUAGUGUACGAGUUUACUACGUACAUUGUGUGCGGGAUGGGCAAGUGAAAUUUCCACUGAUGGAAAAACUGGUCUAAGCUCUGUAGAUACCAGCGCACCACACUCUGCACGAGGACCAGUUAACUCUAGUCAAUCAAUCAUUCCUUAUUUUCUCAUUUAUGAUGCUUGAUAUAUUUAUGAACCAGUUUACACUAUGAUUGCUGAAAUAUAAAUCUCUGGUACGUUUUUGUAUAUUGAUAUGUAUAUGAUUAGUACAGUAAGUCAGUUUAACUAUAUCUAUUUUCUCAAAUUAGAAAAACAAAUGUCCUCUUUCAAUGGAAUUUGGAGUGGAGUAUUUUCAAGUUAAUGGCAGUCCCUUCAGUUGUUAGGGAGAUAUAGUUUGGAAACAUCUGGAAGAUAUCCAUUUGUCUUUGUAUGCUACUAUACUUUAUUUUUCAGAGAGAGUACAGUGUUUUCUCUCCUGAAGUAAAGGCAGUUGUGAACUUUGCCUUACAAACCAGUUGCACUGAAAUCAUGCUAAUCAUAUAAACCUCCCCCAAUGUGAUAUAUUUUGUGGGACCUUUUGGAUGAAGGACCUUAUUCCUAUUGUUCUUUCUAUGUCAGUUAUUCUCUAAGUGCUUCUCACUUUAAACUUUGUUUUGUAGACUUCUCCAACUCUGAGAGCCUAUCACUUUGUAAAUAUUGUUUCUGAAAUAAAUUAUAUUUUUCCAGAGCACUUGAAUAAACAAAGAGAGCCAA